UUUCCACUCAAACUGAUAGGAACAACCACCAGCUCACAGAAACAAUGGUCACACAGGGAAAUAGAUGAAAUUGUGUCACUCAGCGUUAAACGUAGACUACAAAACAAGGAACUACAGGCUGCUCAGUAAAACUAAGUGGACAGCCAAGGGGCGGGCCCUGCUGUCAGCUCCACUUCUUGUGACCCGUGUCGGCAUAAAGGCAUUCAGUACAGAGGAAUGGUGACAGCUGAGAGAGAGGAACUCUAUACAUAAACGCAGCCAUGAAGGAAAUCAUGGCACAAAAAGAGAAGCUCCAAUGCCUGAAGGACUUUCACAAGGACACCCUGAAACCUUCACCGGGGAAGAGCCCAGGCACGCGGCCCGAGGAUGAAGCUGAAGGCAAGGCUCCUCAGAGGGAGAAGUGGGCCAGUAAGCUCGACUUUGUCCUGUCUGUGGCCGGAGGCUUUGUCGGAUUAGGAAACGUCUGGCGCUUCCCAUACCUUUGUUAUAAAAACGGUGGAGGUGCGUUUCUCAUCCCUUACUUCAUCUUCCUGUUUGGGGGUGGCCUGCCUGUGUUCUUCCUGGAGGUUGCACUGGGCCAGUACACCUCUGAAGGAGGGAUCACCUGCUGGGCCAAACUCUGCCCAAUCUUCACUGGUAUUGGCUACGCCUCUAUCGUGAUCGUAUCUCUACUGAAUAUCUACUACAUUGUGAUCUUGGCCUGGGGACUCUACUACCUGUUUCAGUGCUUUCAGCCUGAGCUCCCCUGGGCAAAAUGCAAGCAGCCCUGGAACACAGAAUUCUGUAUAGAGGACACAGUCCGCAAGAACAAGACCCUGUGGCUGGCAGCCAACAUUACCAACUUUACCUCCCCUGUCACAGAGUUCUGGGAACGCAACGUCCUGAGCAUCUCCUCUGGGAUCGAGGACAUAGGGCCCCUGAAGUGGGACCUGGCCCUGUGUCUCCUAGCAGUGUGGGUUAUCUGUUUCUUCUGCAUCUGGAAGGGAGUCAAGUCCACUGGGAAAGUGGUGUACAUCACAGCAACUUUCCCGUUUGUGAUGCUGAUUGUGCUGCUGAUACGUGGCGUGACCCUGCCAGGGGCAUCUGAGGGGAUCAAAUUUUACCUUUACCCUAACGUGACCCGCCUACAGGAUCCAGAGGUGUGGAUUGACGCAGGAACCCAGAUUUUCUUCUCCUAUGCCAUUUGCCUGGGAGCCAUGACAUCACUGGGGAGCUACAACAAAUACAAAUACAACUGCUACAGGGACUGUUUGCUGCUGGGAGGCCUCAACAGCGGUACCAGUUUUGUGUCUGGCUUCGCAAUAUUUUCCGUCCUGGGCUUCAUGGCACAAGAACAAGGGGUGGACAUUGCCGAUGUGGCAGAGUCAGGUCCUGGCUUGGCCUUCAUCGCCUACCCUAAAGCUGUGUCCAUGAUGCCGCUGCCAACCCUCUGGGCCAUCCUCUUCUUUAUUAUGCUGCUGCUUCUGGGCCUCGACAGCCAGUUUGUUGAAGUGGAAGGACAGAUCACCUCCAUUGUGGACCUGUAUCCAUCCCUCCUCAGGAAAGGUUACCGGCGAGAGAUCUUUAUAGCUGUGAUGUGUUUCAUGAGCUAUCUCCUGGGACUCUCCAUGGUAACGAAAGGUGGCAUGUAUGUGUUUCAACUCUUUGACUACUAUGCAGCCAGUGGUGUGUGCCUUUUGUGGGUUGCAUUCUUUGAAUGCAUUGCUGUAGCCUGGGUUUAUGGAGUUGAUAAUUUCUAUGAUGCAGUUGAGGAUAUGAUUGGCUACAGACCAAACCCAUGGAUGAAAUGGAGCUGGUCCAUAAUCACUCCUGUCCUCUGUAUGGGCUGCUUUGUCUUCUCCCUGGUCAAGUACAAGCCGUUGACCUAUAACAAGGUGUAUUUGUACCCUGACUGGGCCAUUGGCCUGGGUUGGUUUUUGGCCCUCACCUCCAUGAUCUGCAUCCCCAUGGUGAUGGUCAUCAAGAUCUUACAGUCUGAGGGACCCCUGAUCGAGAGGAUCAAAGCAGUGGCAGCCCCAGCGAAGUCAGGCGUGAGCUCUCGCCCGAAAGAGUACACCUUGAAGGGCAGCGAGCUGACACAGCCCCUGGACCCAAAUGGGAACAAUGGCUUGAUCAAGCCCACCCACACCAUUGUAGAAACAAUGAUGUGAGCGCUCUCUGUGAGAGGAAUAAGAUUGAUGUGCUUUCUGUGUUAUUAUCAUAUUUGCUAACUUUGAUAAUGGUAGGUUUACAUUGUCCAGUAUAUUCACAUUAGAGAUACUGUGGUUUGAUUUCUAUGAAGAGAGUUAUAUAUUAUUGUUGUAAUUUUUUUUUCUCUUGUAAUUUUUUUUUUAUUUUUUACUAUAUCAAUAUUGUUGAUGUUAAAAUUGUUGUCGCUGUAGUUGGCACUGAUCUCAGUUUAGGCAGUAUUUUGAGAUAGAACAUGUUCAAUGUUUACUACCUUUCUGUUGAUUCCGGAGAGAUGAGGAAUUUGCUCUUUUUUGGUUUAAUAGAAGAAAAGAUGAACCUCUCGUUUCUCAUAAAUUCAGUAAACUAAACCAGUUAUUAACCGUGAAAAAGGUAGAAAACAUCUAAACAUCCUCACAUGAUUGUGGCAGUCUCGUUGCCGAAGCUAACGUCUAAUCUUGUUGUUGAUGUUCAUCCGCAAAUGAAAUUGAAUGUACAGUACCUCCGCUAGCGGCGGACGCGAGCCACCCACAUCUCUUACAGUACAUAUCCGUAACAUGUUAAGUGGCAAUAUGCAGUGUAUAGACUUAAUCUUGCUUGACAUCCUUUAAGUUACAAGUUAAACAAGGCCUUGGCCAAAUACUGUGAGAAAUGCAUUCAUAAGAUGAUCCAUCCUCAAAGAUCAGUUGAGACAAAAUAAUAAAGAAGAAAAAACAACUAAGGAAGGGGAAGUACAGAGAAAAGGGAAGUGGCAUUUUUAGAGUAUUUGUACACUGCCUGUGUGACUACUAUAGUCAGUCCCAGUGCAUUUAUUGAAACCUCUCUUUGCACUUUAUAUGUCGUUUCACCUUUAUUGUAGUAUUUGUUUUUAUUGUUGCAAGGUAUUGCAAUUACAUUUGCAACAAAUUUCAGGAGGAAAUAUUUUUAGCUUCUAAUGUUUUGAUAUUGUAAACUUUGAUAUACAGUAUCUAGAGGAUUACACGUCUCCCUGCUAAGACAAUGACAAAAUAGAGCAGAAAUCUGAUAUAAAAUAUUCAUAAUUUUAGGAUCUGUGAGAACAUCACUUCAUAAAAGUACAAAAACGUCUUUUUAAAGAAAAAUCCUGACAGCUCUCUCAAUUAUGCUCAUUUCAGUAGCAGCUCUGCAGAACUAGCACUGGUUUCUAGUUUCAAAUGUUCAUGUUUAGGCAUUUGUACUGUAGAAUUUGAAUUGUUUGUAAAUCACAUAUGCCUUUUUGUAACAAUUUUAUACUGUGCAACAUACGAACACCAUCACUGAUUAAUUAUUUUACUGAAAACUCUGAAAUGUGUUUUCUUAAUAUUGAUCAUUGUGAGCCUGGAUUACAUUUUUCAGUGUGCAAUAUUCAUUGAAGCAAUGGCAUUCUCCGCCCUAUCAAAAUCCAUUAGCAAAAUUUUAAAAUAAUUUAAAUAAACAAGCUUGCACAAAUAAAUACAGAAUCUGAAGGAACUGUUAUCAUGUGUAAUUGUAGCAUGUGCAGGAGCUAACGCAGUACAGUGCUGCUUUGUCCAUAAAAAUCUUGUGCUACUUGGAAACUCAAGUGUACCAAAGUAUUUUUGUCUCACAGUUGUCCCCUUUGAGAUGCACAUUGCAUCAUUUCUAUAUAGAUUACAAAUAAACAUCUUUUUCUUCGGA